CACUCUCUUCCUUAAAAUACUCGAUCCCCUGGGCCGGCUCUCAUCUGUGUCCCAACAAUGGAAGACGUGAAGCUACUGGGAUUUUGGUCUAGCCCUUAUGUUCACAGAGUGAUAUGGGCUUUGAAGCUUAAAGGAAUCAGCUACGAGUACUUAGAACAAGACAGGUUCAACAAGAGUGACCUGCUUCUGCAGUCCAAUCCAGUUUACAAGAAAGUUCCUGUGCUUAUCCAUGGCGGCAAAGCCAUUGCAGAGUCCCCUGUGAUUCUUGAAUACAUCGAAGAAACCUGGGCAGACAUCCCUUUGCUGCCAAAAGAUACCUAUGACAGGGCUGUAGCUCGGUUUUGGAUUAAAUUUGCUGAUGAUGAGGUCAAAUCAGUUACUGCGCCAUUUUUCCAAGUUUUCGAAGAUGAACAAGGAAAGGCAAACACGAUCCAGAAAGCACUUGAAACUCUUAAAGUAUUGGAGGAUCAAGGUCUAGGGGACAAGAAUUUCUUUGGAGGAAACAGCAUUGGAUUAGUAGACAUAUCAUAUGGAGUUCUUGGAAUCUGGUUGGAAGGGUUGGAGGAAAUUGUGGGAAUAAAACUGAUGGAAGCAAACAAAUUGCCUCGCUUGCAAGCAUGGCUUCACAGAUUCAAGCAAGUUCCUGUCAUAAAAGAUAACCUUCCUAAUUAUGAGAAGCUUAAGAUCCAUCUCCAAUGGCGCAGGGAAGGAGCCAUAUCAGGAUCAGUCAAGUCAUGAUGUAGAAAGUAAGAGCAUGUCAUAGCAUGGCAAAAUGUUUCUACUACCUUUUGAAGGAAGGAUGUAAUGGUGAAAUAAAUUCUGCAACAAUAAGAUGUCUUUGAUACAGAAGUGUGCUAAUAAACAUGAUGGCUAGUUUAAAAAGUGAUCUUUAUUAGAUUCUAAGGCAAGCAAGGCAACAAACUGGCAUGAGCUUGGUUAGCUCAUAUUUGAUGAAUUUAGAAUUUGUCCAGAAAAAUGAGUUCUUUGUUGCUGGUAGC